AUGGUGACGGCGUGGGAGCGCGCCAGGCGCGCGCUCGCCACCAGGGUCUGCAUGCGCUUCCCGUCGAGGCACGCGGCCGUCGAGGAUGUGCCGCGUGCGCUGGACGCCGUUGAGGAGCCGUUUCCGGUGGCGGAGCCGGAAGAGGAGGAGGAGCAGCAGCAGCAGGGCGAGAGGGAGAAGUCGCUGGGCGCUGCGUCCCCCGCGCCGGCGUCCGCGCGGCGGUCGUCAAGGUCCGGGAGCCGGAGUCCCGCGAAGAUAUGUGCCAUUUGCCUUGGCACCAUGAGGUCCGGUCACGGCCAAGCUUUGUUCACUGCUGAAUGCUCCCACAAGUUCCAUUUCCACUGCAUCUCUUCAAAUGUGCAGCACGGCAACAAAAUCUGCCCAAUCUGCCGUGCUUUAUGGAAGGAGCUGCCUUUCCAGGGACCUGUGAUUGCAGAUGCUGCCCAUGGGGCAGCCAGAGUAAACCCCUCCGCUUGGCCCCAGACGGGCAUGUUAUCAGCGAAUCCGCUGGAUGGGCUUCCAGUCUUUCGCACUCCGGAGUCUGCAGUUUUCGAUGACGAUGAGCAGAUAAAUCUUCAGUCCGAAACAGCACUGGGUGGAGGCCAUGAUGGGGAUGAGAAUGAGACUCCUGCUUCACUUGAGAUCAUGACUUACACUGAAUUCCCAGCCGUUCAGGAGUCCGUGGCACGGGAGAACUUUGCUAUCUUGAUCCAUCUGAAAGCUCCGCAUGCGCCGGCUUCGUCGAUGGGCACCCGCGCGCCGCUGGACCUGGUGACCGUGCUCGACGUGAGCGGGAGCAUGGCGGGCUCCAAGCUUGGGCUCCUGAAGCGGGCCAUGACGUUCGUAAUCCAGAACCUUCGUCCGAGCGACCGGCUCUCCGUCGUCGCCUUUUCCUCGUCGGCUUGGAGGCUGUUCCCGCUCCGGAAGAUGACCGCGUUCGGACAGGUGCAGUCUCUGCAGGCCGUCAACUCCCUCGUCGCCAAUGGCGGCACCAACAUUGCUGAGGGGCUGUGGAAAGCUGCCAGGGUGAUGGAGGACAGGCAGGCGAGGAACCCCGUGAGCAGCAUCAUCAUCCUCUCGGACGGCGUGGACACGCACACCCUCCCCCUUCCGAACCCGCCGCGGAACGGUGCGCCGCCGGACUACGGGCGGCUCGUCCCGCGCUCGAUCCUCCCCGGGAGCGGGCACCACGUGCCGAUCCACGCCUUCGGCUUCGGCUUGGACCAUGACUCCAGGGCGAUGCAUGCCGUCGCCGAGAUGUCCAGCGGCACGUUCUCGUUCAUCGACGACGUGGGCUCGAUCCAGGACGCGUUCGCGCAGUGCAUCGGCGGCCUCCUCAGCGUGGUGGCGCAGGAGACGCGGCUGAGCGUCGAGUGCGCCGACGAAGGCGUGCUGGUGACGUCCAUCAAGUCCGGCGGCUACGCCAGCGGAGUGGACGGCGACGGGCGCGGCGGGUUCGUCGACAUCGGCCGCCUCUACGCCGACGAGGAGAAGGACUUCCUGGUCACCAUUCGCGUCCCGGCCGCGCGCGGGGACACCGAGCUGAUCCGGGCGAGCUGCGCGUACCGCGACGCGGUUACCGCGAACACCGUUCGGGUCGGGGGCGACCUGGUGACCGUCCCUCGGCCGGCGGGCCCCGUGACCGCGGCGAUGUGCCUGCAGGUGGAGCGCGAAUGGCACCGCGUCCACGCCACGGAGGACAUGGCCGCGGCGCAGGCCGCCGCGGAGGAGCACGACUACGCGCGCGCCGCGUCGAUCCUCGAGUCCCGCCGCCUGGCGCUGGAGUCGCGCGCGUCGCUGUCCUCGGACCGGCAGACGCAGGCGCUGGCGGCCGAGCUGUGGGAGAUGCAGGAGCGCGUGCUCAACUACCAGCGCUACCAGGAGUCCGGCCGCGCCUACAUGCUGUCCGGCCUGAGCUCCCACUCGUUCCAGCGCGCCACGGCGCGCGGCGACUCGACGGAGCUCGCGGGCCUCGUCCACACCUACCAGACGCCGUCCAUGGUCGACAUGCUGCACCGCUCGCAGGCGCUCCUGCCGGAGGUCGUCGUGGCGCUGAACCGGUCCCCGACGAUCGCGCCGUCGCGCAACCCGCCGCUCCCCGUCGUGCAGCGCGGGGUCCGGCGGCCGUUCAGGUUGUCCAAGUCCUUCACCGGGCGCUCGUCGUGAUUCAGGUUUGCUGCUCCCAUUGGCAGUGCAUGCAGGCGGUGACAAAAUGGCGACUUGAAUUAACAGCUAGCAGUAGCUAGGAAGGGGGAGGAAGAGAACCGUCACCAUUUAUUUCGUUUCUUUGAUACUGUUUGUUGUCGCAGGGAGGAUUUGGUAUACUGUUUCGUUGCUUUCGGUUGUUAUCUGGCCGUGGAUUAAUUUGGUAGACAUGCUUUGGUUCAUGUACCAUAGACUGAUAGAAAAAAAAAAUCCAAUAAACGACUGGAGUUUGGCCAUGAA